CUACAGCGGCCAUGAAACUUGUUUUGCAAGGCCUGGUUCUACUCUUAGCAGGUGUGAGACUGAGAGUCAGUUGUGCCAGUGAAGAUGUCGCCCAGUGUCCUACUUGGAAGUGGUUCAACUACUCUUCGGGUGUGUGUCAAUGUGGCCAUGAUAUCAUGGGCACCAUAAAGUGCAGUGAGGCAGAGAAUAGCUCGGUGUAUGCAAGAUUUGAUGUCUGUGUUUCGUGGGAUAGUCACUCACAGACUGUGCUCACAAGUUUGUGUAAGUUUAAGAGAAGCCGCAGUACCUCAGUCACUGAUCGAGUCUUCUCUGCACUACCCCAGAGUCCCUAUAAUUUAUCUUUUGAUGAAUGUGAGCUCAACAACAGGGAGGGAGUGUUUUGUGGUGGAUGCAAGAAAGGUUUUGCACCUACUCUCCAUACUUUCAGUGGGAAGUGCAUUGAUUGCAACAACUGCCUUCAAAAUCCUGCAUCUCUUUUUCUCUUCCUAGCAUCAGAAAUACUUCCUCUCACUAUUUUCUAUCUAAUCAUAAUGAAAUUAAGAAUCAAUAUCGUGUCCGGUCCAUUGCUUGGUUAUGUAAUAUUUUGUCAGUGUCACAUCAAUGCAGUUCAUAUUUAUCCAAAUAUUUGGAGGUUUUUACUUGCCAGUUCAGAAAGUUAUGUACGUGUUUGGAACACCAUGGUAUUGCUCCCUCUUACAGGCAUUUGGAAUAUAAAUUUUUUUGCCAUGUUCAUGCCUCAUCUUUGCUAUGGUUGUGGUUUUAAUUACUUUUUUGGUCUCCUAAUUCAAUAUCUGUCAGUUUUAUAUAUUUUUGUUCUUGUAUUUCUUGGUUUUCUCAUCGAUUCACUGGAUUUAAAGAGUAAACUUUCUUCUGUGAGAUUCUGCAGGAUCAUGAUAUUCUCCCUUGUCAGAUUUCGGAGAGACUGGAGCUUAAGUGAUUCCGCCAUCCAUGCACUGGCAACUUUCACCGCCCUUUUUGUCGCUAAGGUUAUUGCUAUAUCCGAUCAGCUCCUGUCUGCUAGGAAGGUGUACAAUAUGAACGGAACAUUGGUGAAGAAAGUUCUCACCUUUGAACCCUCAAUAGAAGCACUAAGUAGUCAACAUGCUCCUUACGCCGUUGCCGCUUAUGUUCCCAUAUUUAUCUUUGUUCUGAUUCCAACCCUGGUACUCUGCCUGCACCCGAGUCGACACUUUCAGAACCUCUUGGCACGUUGUUGUGGGCCGAGAAAGAGACUAGCUCUGGCAAUAUUUGUGGACACUAUUUCCAGUGGAUACAGAGAUGGACUGGAUGGUGGCAGAGACUGGAGGAGAAUUUAUCCACUUAGUUUCAGUUUUAUUGCUGCAACACUUUUCUUCCUGGCUAAUUUCUUUACCAACUUACCUGAAACGUACUUCAUCAUCUUGCUACCUGUUUUUCUCUGUCUCUCAUUUUGUGUCUUAUACUUUAGACCAUGUAAAACAAAAGCAAUGAAUGCUUCCCUAUCGUUUCAUUUCAUCAUGAUGGCCCUUGUAGGCCUCACUCUGGCUCUCUGGAUUCAGGAUUAUUUUUUGAGCUCGUUCACCUUGGAGAUUUUCCUGACUGUCUGUUUGACUCUACCUCAUGUUGUUAUGCUGCUUUGGUUGUUGAGUAACAUAGUCCAAAGAUGUCAGUCUCUCAGGAACUGCUGCUACGUGAGGCAAAACAAGUUUCUUUUGGGAUUUGCGUGAUGUACAACUUCAUGGAAAAAAACUGAUUUUAGUACUUUUGUAAGGAAUAACAAGACAGAACUGUAGGUUAAUGUGAAUUAUAGCAAAACAUUUUAGGAGAAAUGUAUGCAGUAUUGGCCAGAUCAGACCAACACUUCAGUUACACGUGGAAAGUUCGACAUCACUGUUACCUCAUUGGUGCCCUCUGCUGAGUAUCAGAUCAGGAAAAUACAGCUCAAAUCAAAGUUUGACCCAGAACAUGAGAGGACUGUCACCCACAUGCUCUACACAGCCUGGCCUGAUCACGGAGUCCCUCGCAACGCCAUGUCCCUCAUCUCCUUCAUCCAUCGCGUCCGGAGGGAGCACCCGGUCUCCCUGACCACGCCCCUCCUGGUCCACUGCAGUGCUGGGGUAGGGAGGACCGGUACUUUCAUCCUCCUGGACGUGUCCAUGCAGCAGAUGAAGAGGGAGUGCACACUGAGUGUCUUCCAGCACCUCAAGAAUAUAAGGACUCAGAGAAUGAAGCUGGUUCAGACCCAGGUGUGAGUGCUUCCUAUGUACAAGUGUAUGCUCAGUACGUCUUCAUCCAUGAUUCCCUCAGUGAACUAGUUGUGUGUGGAGAAACCGACGUGGCUGCUGGUAAUAUCAGGAUCAGGAUGAUGCAGCUACAGAAACCAGUACCUGGUGGUCUCGUUGGCUUCCAAAAACAGUUUGAGACCCUGGAGGAAGUGAGCUCUCAGUGUGAGGCCUCUUACCAGGAGGCAAAGGCCAAGUACAAUGCAGGGAAAAACAGGUUCCCUGACAAGCUACCGAAUGAGUUGGGUCGUGUGAGGCUGAGGUUUGGUCCCAAACCUGGCUCCGACUAUAUCAAUGCAUCUUUCAUUGACGGGUAUAAACAACGGAAGGCCUACAUAGCCACCCAGGGACCAAUGGAAGGGACAGUGGCUGAUCUAUGGAGGAUGAUCUGGGAACACAACUGCAGCUGCAUCAUCAUGCUCUGUCAGACACAGGAGAAGGGACAAGUGAGCAGUCAUUGUUUCUGGCCAGAAGGGGAAAAAGAAGAGGCGGUGUACGGGAAGCUAAGGGUGGGGGUGAAGAGAGUGAGCAUCACGGUGACAUCAUGAGAGGAAGCUGGAAGUGGAGGACACGGAGGGGAGGGGAGGGGUUCAGAAGACUCUGAGUCUCAUGCAGCUGAGCAGCUGGCCUCCUGGAGAGCUGCCUCACCCCACGGCCAUCCUGUCUCUGGUGGACCUGCUCACUAAGGCACAGAGGGGCAGCCUCGGCAGACACACUGUCAUCAUGUGCAGUGAUGGAGUAGGAAGGACGGGGACGUUCAUCUGUAUCCACUGGAGAGACUCAAGACUGAGGGAGUGGUCGAUUUCUUCCAGGUUGCAAAAUCCUCUCGCAUCCAACGAGCGGGCCUCGUCCCAGAUGCCGCUCACUACGCCUUCUGCCACGACGUGGUCGCCACCUACAUGGACAGUUUUGAGACUUAUGCCAACUUCAAAGAAGUUGUGUAACCACAAAGAUAAUAACCCGCAAAAAUCACUUCACCGUAGUUUAGUCGUAGUGAAAAAAACAGCCACCAUUAGUUUAUUG